UUUACAAAGAAAGAAAAAGCAAAGAGAUUUUCUGUGCAAAAAUGGGCGCUAUUGGAAUAUGUCUUGUCUCUCUCAUUACAUCAUGUCUCCUGAUCCAUAGCGUUUCAGCUACAACAAGGCAUUAUAAAUUUGAAAUCAAAAUGCAAAAUGUUACAAGAUUAUGCCACACCAAGAGUAUGGUGACAGUGAAUGGACAAUUCCCUGGACCUAAAGUUGUGGCAAGGGAAGGUGAUCGUCUUGAAAUUGAGGUGCUCAAUCAUGUUCAGAACAACAUCUCUAUCCAUUGGCAUGGAAUUAGACAGCUUCGUAGUGGAUGGGCAGAUGGACCAGCAUAUAUAACACAAUGUCCCAUUCAAACUGGUCAGAGUUAUGUCUAUAACUUCACUAUAAUUGGCCAAAGAGGAACAUUUUGGUGGCAUGCACAUAUUUCAUGGUUGAGAUCAACUGUUUAUGGUCCUAUAAUUAUUCUUCCAAAGAAAAAUACUCCUUAUCCAUUUGCCAAACCCUACAAAGAAGUUCCCAUCAUCUUUGGCGAAUGGUUCAAUGCAGACACUGAGGCUAUAAUUGCCCAAGCUUUACAAACAGGUGGAGGUCCUAAUGUUUCUGAUGCCUAUACUAUCAAUGGACUUCCUGGCCCUUUGUAUAAUUGUUCAGCCAAAGAUACUUUUAAGCUGAAGGUGAAACCUGGAAAGACUUAUCUUCUUCGAUUGAUCAAUGCUGCACUUAAUGAUGAGCUUUUCUUCAGCAUUGCGAAUCAUACUCUUCGAGUUAUCGAUGCUGAUGGCGUUUAUGUUAAACCCUUUGAGACAGACACACUUAUUAUUACUCCAGGACAAACUCACAAUGUUCUUCUCAAAACUAAACCUCAUUUUCCUAAUGCCACAUUUUACAUGACCGCUCGGCCAUAUGUGACAGGUCCUGGCACAUUUGACAACUCUACAGUUGCUGGAAUUUUAGAGUAUGAAUCAAAAUCAAGACCCCAUUUGAAAAACCUACCACUUUUUAAGCCAUUACUACCAGCUCUCAAUGACACCACUUUUGUCACCAAUUUUACGAGUAGAUUAAGAAGUCUUGCUACUCCUCAUUUCCCUGCUAAUGUACCUCUAAACGUCGAUAAACAUUUAUUUUUCACAGUAGGUCUUGGAACAAGUCCUUGUGAUCAAAACAAAACUUGCCAAGGACCAAAUGGCACAAAAUUCUCAGCUUCAGUUAACAAUAUAUCAUUUGUUCAACCUACAACUGCACUUCUCCAAUCUCAUUUCUUAGGACAAUCCAAGGGUGUAUACAAGCCUGAUUUUCCUUAUAGUCCUUUAAAUUGGUUUAACUACACUGGGAACCCUCCAAAUAACACCUUAGUUAAGAAUGAUACAAAACUUAUGGUUUUGCCAUUUAACACGAGCGUGGAGUUAGUGAUGCAAGACACAAGUAUUCUUGGUGCUGAAAGUCACCCUCUUCAUCUUCAUGGAUUUAACUUCUUUGUUGUUGGCCAAGGGUUUGGGAAUUUUGACGGCAAUAAGGAUCCAGCAAAUUUCAACCUUGCUGAUCCUAUUGAGAGGAAUACUGUAGGUGUCCCUUCUGGUGGUUGGGUUGCUAUUCGAUUUCUAGCAGACAAUCCAGGAGUAUGGUUUAUGCAUUGUCACCUGGAAGUUCAUACAAGUUGGGGAUUGAAAAUGGCAUGGUUGGUUCUCGAUGGAAAACUUCCUAAUCAGAAGCUACCUCUUCCCCCAAGAGACCUCCCCAAGUGUUGAGAGUUUAAUUUUGUACAAUUUUUGUACCUAUCAUUUUUUGCUCGAUCGUUGAUGUUUCAGCAUUUUGGUUUUGUUAUGUGUGGAUAUCAUUUUAUACUUCUUGCAUCCAAAGUAAUUGACGUCUAUAUCCUUUAAAGUACAUUUACAAUAUGGUGUGAAAAAUAUAGAAGUGCUUUUAUAAAAGAAUUUUUUUUCCGA